AAUAUUAAACUUCAUGAAAUUAAAUAAAAUCAAUACACAAAAUUUGUAAAAUUAAGUUUUAUUUAAUAUGCGAUGUAAACCAUGAAGACUAGAAGAAAUGAAUGGCUUAAUUAAUGCCAUGGUUUGAACCAUAAUGAUUGAAUGAACUUAAUGGAUUUCUAGUCAUUAUGGUUCAAACUAUGAUAUGAGAUUAAACAGUACACACGUCUACACAGUACACACCACACGGUUGAACAGUGAAUAUGUUAUGUAUAUAUUUUUUUCUGUAUGUUGUCUACUGACAAUAAUUACUAUUAAACUAUCGGUUAUCUGAUUAAUAAUUUAUCAAUCAUAUCUAACAUCUUCCGAGUGCUGUGCGGAUGGUGAAGAAGCGGCGUCGGCGGCCUACUAGCUAAAUAAUUAUUUAGUACAUUUUUUCAUUUAUUGGUAUGUAAUUUAAAUGUCCCGUGUCGUUUUGUACGGUGUUUUAUAAAAAAUCCGGUAAUAUAUAAUAACACAUUGUCGGUUCACCAUUCAUAUUUGUUGUGAACUUUCUCAAAACACGUUGGUGUUGUUUUAUCUAACUGAAACAAGGAGGCUAAAAUAAAUAUAAUGAACAUUUCUUAGGACACCGACAACUUCUUAAUGGUAGAUAAAGAAGAAAUCGAUUUAGAACAUUCCACCGCUGUUCAAGUUGUGACAAUGCAGCAUAGCCAAAAACGUAAUUCGUAUUUGAAAGGAAUCACCUUGAUUACGUUGACGUUACAGAAUGCUUUGGUUGCGCUCAGUAUGCGACACGCGCGUACGCGUCAUAAAGAAAUGUUCAUCUCGUCCACAGCUGUCGUCAUGGCAGAAGUUGUUAAACUUAACAUCUGCCUAAUAUUAGUAUACAAGACUGAAUCAAUUUCGUGGAAACAUUUUAUAUCGCUGCUCGACAACACAAUCAUCAAGCAACCAAUGGAUACGCUUAAAGUCUGUAUUCCAUCAUUAGUAUAUUUAAUACAGAACAAUCUACUGUAUGUAUCAACAUCAAAUUUAGAUGCAGCUACAUAUCAGGUAACAUACCAAUUGAAAAUAUUGACUACGGCUGUAUUUUCGGUAAUAAUUCUCAAUCGUAAACUUAUGAGACACCAGUGGAUUGCGCUUUUGGUUUUGAUUUCUGGAGUAAUUCUUGUUCAGUUGAACGAUACAAACGAAAAGAAAACUCUAAAUGAACAAAAUCGAUUGUUGGGCAUAACUGCAGCACUUAUUGCCUGUUGUUUGUCUGGGUUUGCUGGAGUGUUUUUUGAAAAAAUAUUGAAGGGUGCUGACAUUUCAGUAUGGAUGCGAAAUAUUCAAUUAAGUGUUGUUUCUAUACCAUUAGGCUUCAUUGUUUGUUUUAUAAACGAUUGGAGCCAUAUUAAUACUAAAGGAUUUUUUUUUGAUUACGACUGGUAUAUAGUAUAUUUGAUUUUUUUACAAGCAGCAGGUGGACUGAUUGUCGCUAUGGUUGUUAAAUAUGCAGAUAAUAUUUUAAAGGGUUUUGCCACAUCAUUAGCAAUUAUUCUUACGACCGUAUUCUCUGUAUAUUUUUUCGAAACCAGUAUUAAUAUAUUGUUUGCUUGUGGCGCACUUUUGGUGAUGUUAUCAAUAUUUCUCUACAGCUAUACUAUAGAGAAAAAAUCACCUAACACGAAUACCAUACAGAAGGCGUAAUGAAUAUUUAUGAAAUUUUUACUAUACUACUUAUGAUUGUGAAUUUAUAUGUAAAACGACAUACUUAAUAAAUAUAGAAUUAUGUAAAAUAAUAUACUUAAUAGAAAAAACUGAAAUUAAAUUUUUAUAUCUAAUGUUUUUGUUUAAAUAAAUAUUGUUUAAUUUUAAGCUUUUGUGAUGAGAGUCAUUAUAAAAAUAAAAUGGAUGUUAUUCACAUCUAACUUCAAGGGAAUAAGCAAUAUUUACUUUUUGUUUAAUUAAUAAUGUUAUCAAAAUAUUAUACAUGUUUAAAAAUUAUGUUAACAUUUCUAAAGUCUGUGAAUUAUUGUCUAACCAGUAUUAAUUUAUAUACUAAUUUAAAUGAAAUUUUAGAAACAAAAUUUGGCAAACCUGUUUAAAU